AUUUCAGACAGAGGAAGUAUGUGUGUGGCUUCUUUAGCAAGUCCCUGAGCUACGCGAUAGGCUGAACUUCCCCAAAGCUUCUUUGCAUACAGCUGCAAGCAUUCGACCUAAAGCUGCUCUCCUUGUCCUGAAGUAUUUCCAUUCCAUAUAAAAGUUGGAUCCCAGGUUGAGAAAGAAGUGGGGACACUAUGGUUGGCAUCUGAAAAAAAGUUUGCAGGUUAUCGCUUUGAAGGAAGAAAAGAGACGACAAACAAUGGGAAACACUAUAAAGGCGGCAAAAACCACACCUCAGAUAAACAACACAGCCUGGCAAACUGGUCACAGAAGUGAUUUUCUUGCUGUUCUCUAUGACUAUCCCACUCCAGAUAUCAGCCAGCCUAUUUUUCAAGUUGGGGAGAAACUACGUGUGAUUUCAGAUGAAGGAGGCUGGUGGAGAGCCCGAUCCCUCACUACAGGCCAUGAAAAUUAUAUUCCAGAAAAAUGUGUAGCAAAGGUUUAUCAUGGUUGGUUGUUUGAAGGUUUAGGAAGAGACAAAGCUGAAGAACUUCUGCUCCUUCCUAAUACUAGGAUUGGAUCUUUCAUGAUUAGAAAGAGCGAAACAACAAAAGGUCUAUAUUCCUUAUCAGUCCGUCACAUUCAUGUAAAACAUUAUAGGAUCUUUCGGCUGCCAAACAACUGGUAUUAUAUCUCUCAGCGGCAAACCUUUCAGUGCCUUGAGGACCUCGUAAAUCACUACUCAGAGGUAGCCGAUGGUCUCUGCUGUGUGCUCACAACUCCCUGCCUCACGCAACACAUUAUUCACAGCGAAGGAAGAAAUCAAGAGCCUCCCGUCGUGAUGCGCAAGAAAACCUUCAAAUGGAAAGAUAAUCAGAGGUCAAAGGUGAACAAGGACGAAAUUGUGGACAUGCUCGGGAUGGAGGACUCCGGACUCAGCUUUGGACUCCGGAACAGCAUCAGCACUUAUUUAGCCCUCACAGAUGAAAAUGACCCAUCUUACUUGAGCACGAAGAAGAAGAAAACCCAAUCCGUCAUAUACCGGACCAACUUCACAUCGCAACCAACCUUCAUGUAUCAUGAAGACUGAACCUGAGAAAACUGGACUCAGACAAGCAAGGAACUGAGAAAUUCUACAUUUAAGUACUGGUGUUUGUGCACUCGUUUAAAUAUCAUAAUCAUGGCAGCCUGGCUCAGGAGAGGCUACACUAUCAAGGACAAAAUCCUACAGACUGACUUUCAAAGUUCGGAGCAAAAAUGAGCAGUUGCCCACAUUGAUGAGAAGAAUUCUGUUUAGAGGAAUGUGAAGAAAUGUAUGCCCCAGAAGAACAUUCAGAUUGUAAUAGCUGUAUUUCCAUGGAUAACCAUCCAAUUUUAUAUGAAUGUAGAACCACUUAAUCAUCUGGACCCACCAAACCAGUCUGUUUAGUCUAGAACUAGGGACUAGUGACUUGGAAGACAAUGGGGUUAUAAAUCUAUCCCAGGUUUUAAUCUGGAUAUACCUUAGGGCAUUUAACUCUACUGUUCAAAUAAGUUCAGCAUUUUACAUAGAAUCAUUAAAGUUCAGAGUAAAGCCCAGACUAAAUCCAUCAUCCUAUUGACAUGGUCACCAUAUCAACAACCCUUGUACUCUAUUGGGAACCAUGGAAUGACAUCCGGUAGAGAGUUCAGAAAAAUAAGGGCCACUCUAUUUGACCUAUAUCCUAUUUAUGAAAAUUGGAGCUGAAAGGACCAGGGAGGGGAGCAACCUGAUGCAAGUCCUGCUGAGGCUGAUGUCUCCUCCAGACUACCUCCUCAGCCUUCCCUUAGGUGAAACACCUGAGCCAAGGGUAACCCAAUUGUUGGCUUUCUUCCAGGCUGGUCACUUAUUGGAAGGUGAAAUCAGGAUCCUCCCACCGGAGUUCCAGGAUCUUAGAAGUGAGAGUAAGACCUCAAAGUCUAUCUCAAGGGUAGACUCUUUCCCUAUUCCCCGAGUCCAAAAUCCAUGGAGGUCAUACCAGAAAUGUACCCUUCACCAAAAAGGAGGACACCAAGGCUUACACCAAGUUCCUAAAUAGUCUCCUCAUUACCUGCCCAAGGACAGCUUGCUUAUCAGUGCCACUCAUAGUCAAUUUCCCUAGUGCAGUGUUUCUCAACCUGUGGGUCCCCAGGUGUUUUGCCCUACAACUCCUCGAAAUCCCAGCCAGUUUACCAGCUGUUAGGAUUUCAGGGAGUUAAAUGCCAAAACAUCUGGGGACCCACAGGUUGAGAACCUCUGCCCUAGUGCCUCAGAUACGGUAUGAGGUAGGGGAAAAACUGGUAAAGAAUAGAAAGAUCCUACAUGGGCCCAGAAAAUUCACACUGUACUAAGGGCAGGAGGGAGCACCAUGCCACAACAAUCCAAAGAUGCAUGGUGAGGGAUCAGUCUAAUAGAUAAUCAAAAACUGCAUGCCCAUCAUGUGCCGCAUUCUGGCCUUCACACCACAUGCAAAGCCUCCUGGUCUCCAACCACAGAGGCCAUCCAAAUAGUGCAUACCCUGCAGAGUCUUUAUGGCAUGCCAAUCCAGAUGUAAAGUGGAUUUAAGUCAAUUUUUAAAAGGCAUUUCUGAACUCAAGCAGCUUUCUCCUAAACCUGAACAGGUAGUCUCUUUCCUAUACAUUUAGAUACAAACUGGAACAUCCCAAAAUAAGGUACAGAGGUCUAAGUACUCAGGAGAGAGAUGCCAGAUGCACCAAAGAUUAGAUUACACUUUAAAGGACAAAGGCCCCCAAAGGUUGUAAUGGUAGAUAAGAUUAGUAGAGAAAACUCAUCCUAAAAGGUCAGCACACAAAAUAGGCUGCCAAGGAAGCAGGUGCAGAGUUUUAUGUUCAACAAAACCAAAUGUCAGCAUCCUUCCUUGAGAUAGCAGGUGGAAGAGCCACAUCAAAACUCCCCACAUAAAGCGUUGCAUUCACUAGAAAACUAACAAACAUAGAAUUCUUGGUUAGAACAUUUGUUCUUGAAUGUGUUUUCUAUACAGAAGGUUUAUUGCAUUCUUUCAAGGUGGGUUCUUCCUGCACUUUAAAAAUAAGCCACCUAGACUUAGUUCCUACAUGUAGAUCUGUAUUAAUUAUAUCUGGAUUAGGCUCUAUCUGAUAUCAAUGCCAGAACUAGAAGGUUUUCAGCUUUUGUACAAACAACUUGAUCUCAACUUCAAUGAAUUUAGGUAAUUUAUUUCCUGUCUUUUAUCCAGUAAACUCAAAGUGCCAUACAUAGCUCAUCUACUUGCCAUGUUAUCCUUGCAACAAUAUUGUGAAGUAGGUCAGACUUAAGGAGCUCAGUGUGUUUCAUGUAUCAUUGGACUAGAACCCGCAUUUCCCAGGUGUCAGACCAUGACUCUAACCACUGCAACAAAUAUGUAUAUAAACUUAUUUAUAUUAAAAAUAUCAUUGUAAAGUAUAAAUUGCAUUAUAGUGUAUAAACCUUUGGUGAUGCUGAAAAAAAUGUAACAUAAGUGAUAAAAAAUCGCAAGCAAUAAAGUAUAAUAAAAGAA